ACAUCAGAGGACAGCAGUCUCCAACCCUACCAAGCAACAAGAGAAUUUAGCCGGGUGGUAUCUUUUAUCCGUAGUUCUCCGUCCUUUCGCAUGCAAAUUUGGGAGUGAGCGAGUUGUGGGGUUAUAUAAGCUGGUGCCGCAGCGCUUUAAAAUGCUCAUAGCUCAUCCACUUCACCAUCUAUUCUUGGUGGGGCGCCCGUCCCCUUACCCUCCUACCCUUCCAAGCAGAAAUUAAAAGAUCCCAUCCCCUUUCUUCUCCAGUGUCCCCGCAUAUCCUCCCUCCUCCGUGCACCCUUUCUCCCAUCCAAACCCUCCUCGAAUCGAUCUCUCGUUCGUCCCCUUCCGUUUAGGGUUUCUCUUUCCCCGGAGCAAACCCAAACCCCAUCCAUGGAGCAACCCAAGCGGAAGAGGGGCCGCAAGCCCAAGAAGCCCGUCGCCGAGACCAUGGACCUCCAGAUGCCCAACGCCGGCGCCCCCUCCACAUCCGCCCUCGACGAGGCCGAGCUACCCGAGGAGCGACCCAGCCCCCAGCGCGGCCGGGGCCGGCCCCGCAAGGUCCGGCGCCGGAACACAUCCAAGGAGGUCGUCGCCGAGAAGGGCUCUUCUUCGCCUCUCUGGAGGGGCUCCCAGAUGGUCGCGAGCAACGGUGAGUACAACGACCCUCUCCGGCACAACCUCGCCAUGGUGGCGGUGGAGCCGCCUGCGCCGAGAUGGGACCAGGUGGUGAAGGUCGUGCCCUCGAUGGAUGCUGUUGUGAAGGUUUUCUGCGUGCACACGGAGCCGAAUUUCUCGCUCCCAUGGCAGCGGAAACGGCAGUAUAGCUCGAGCAGCAGUGGCUUCAUCAUCGGUGGGAGGCGGGUGUUGACCAAUGCCCACUCGGUCGAGCACUACACCCAGGUCAAGCUCAAGAAGCGUGGGUCAGACACCAAGUACGUGGCGAGUGUGCUGGCCAUCGGGACCGAGUGCGAUAUUGCCUUGUUGACUGUUAGUGAUGAUGAAUUUUGGAAGGGUGUUUCUCCAGUGGAGUUUGGGUCUCUACCUGCACUCCAGGAUGCUGUUACCGUUGUUGGUUAUCCAAUUGGAGGAGACACAAUUUCUGUGACAAGUGGUGUUGUGUCUCGUAUGGAGAUACUAUCAUAUGUCCAUGGUUCCACAGAGCUCUUAGGCCUGCAGAUAGAUGCAGCAAUAAACUCGGGCAAUUCUGGUGGUCCUGCUUUUAAUGAUAAGGGCAAAUGUGUUGGUAUCGCAUUUCAGUCCCUUAAACAUGAAGAUGUCGAAAAUAUAGGCUAUGUGAUACCAACACCUGUUAUCUUGCACUUUAUUCAUGAUUACGAGAAGUCAGGAGAAUAUACAGGAUUCCCUAUACUUGGGAUUGAGUGGCAGAAGAUGGAAAAUCCUGAUCUGCGGAAAGCAAUGGGAAUGAUGCCUGACCAGAAGGGUGUGCGUGUAAGGAGAGUAGAGCCUACUGCACCAGAAUCUGAGUUUAUUAAACCAUCUGAUAUCAUCCUCAGCUUUGAUGGUGUUGAUAUUGCUAAUGAUGGAACUGUUCCUUUCAGGCAUGGAGAACGCAUUGGUUUUAGUUACCUUGUUUCUCAAAAGUACACUGGGGAGAAUGCGGUGGUUAAAGUUUUACGGGAAAAGAAAGUUUAUGAGUUUAACAUAAAACUUGCAACUCACAAGAGGCUCAUUCCAGCUCAUAUUAGGGGGAAGCCUCCUUCAUAUUACAUAAUUGCAGGCUUUGUCUUCGCUGCAAUAUCCGUUCCAUAUCUUCGUUCAGAGUAUGGGAAGGACUAUGAAUAUGAUGCACCUGUUAAAUUGUUGGACAAACAUUUACAUUCAAUGGCACAAUCACAUGAUGAGCAACUAGUGGUGGUUUCCCAGGUGCUUGUGGCAGAUAUAAAUAUUGGCUAUGAAGAUAUUGUCAACACUCAGGUACUCGCUUUCAAUGGUAAACCAGUCAAGAAUCUGAAAAGCCUGGCAACCAUGGUAGAGAACUGUGAUGAGGAGUUUUUGCGGUUUGAUUUAGAGUACCAACAGAUUGUAGUCCUCCAGACAAAGACUGCAAAGGCUGCUACAAAGGACAUCCUCCUCACACAUUGUAUACCCUCGGCCGUGUCUGAUGAUUUGAAGGCAUGAAAAAGAAGCACCAUGGAGAAGAACGCAUCUUGCGGGCUUUUCCAUGUUUCUCUUGUAAGAAGUUUCAAGUAAGCUAAGAAAUCGGUUAGUAAGAUGGUAAAAAAAAAAACUCCAUAUUUCACGGAUAUCAAAGGCUCGCCUGUCUAUCUCUAGGCAUAAGUCAACUUGUAGUGUAGCAAUUGUAUUCUCGACAAGUUAUAAACUACCGUAUUUUGUGGUGUCAUGCUAAGUUACUCCAUGCAGUUCAGACGGUGUAGUAUAAGAAGUGAAUUAUCUCAGUAGGGAUUUUGGUUGUGAUCCCAAGAGAGAGAUUAUCAGAGACUAGAGUUUCUUGGUAUUAAGUUUUUUUGUUUUCUUUUA